GGUCACUCUGGAUCACAGCAGACGUGCGUGAGGUCAUCGCUCGGCAGGAUGCAGUGGUUUGAAUUGGUGGUGAUAUGCGCGGUGCUUGCAACGAUUACAGCAGAUCCAGACCCGAAGAAAUAUAAAUCAGAAGUCAAAACGAAAGACAAGCAGUCGGAAAAAAGUCUACUGACAGAGGAAGAAAGAAAGUUUUUAAGAGAAGUUGAAGUUAAGUUUGGUAUCAAACCUGAAUUAAAUGUAGAAAACAGUGAAGAAGGUAAACAUGAAAGCGAUGAAGAUACUAGCGACAAUGACAACUUGAAGACGCCUAAGUUGCCGUUAGUCAAGCCUCCGUUUCCGGCUGUCAUAGCUAUUGAGAUCGUCAAUGACACUGAUUCAAAAUUAAAAGGAAAAAGAACAAUUGAUGCUAAUCUGGGCUACGGUUACAGAACCAACAAUGGAUAUACUUAUUCGUAUUUUGGAAAGCCAGCCCAAGAAAAAGGCAAAUUUAUGAUUUAUCCAUAUUCACAAGAAGACAUACCACCCGCAAAUCCGAAUUCGUACGCUGGAUAUUCACAUCAGUCGCACGGACAUAAAACAAUACAACUUUCACCAAAUGUAGAGAUUACACCGUCACAGGCAUACGAAUUAGUGCCAGCUAAAGGUGAAGAAGAGACAUCUUACAAUUAUGAGAAACCUGCGGUGCAACUCAAAACCAAAUACGAAGAAGAUGUACAGACCUCUUCUAAGGCCUAUCCCGUGGCCAAGACAGCUGCACAAACACCGCCGUCGUCUACACUUUACACGACUUAUAACGGAAAAGAAUUCUCAGGCUUAAGCGAACAAUUCCCGCAAGUAAUGUCUAAUUAUCUUGUUCACCCAUCACAGCUAGUUAACAACCCGCAGUACCAAAAUGCUGGUUUAACGCAAGAACAUUUACGCUCCCAUGGCGCUAAUGUAGGACAAAGGGUCGUACCAGUUUUAGUUUUGAGAAUUCCGAGCUCUUAUAUCAAGAACCCUACGGCUGAGCUAUACGCCAAUUUACCGCAGAAUUAUCCACUAUCGCAAUACUUGAACCAUUUGAAUUUACAGCAAUUAGUGAAUGAAUAUUUCAAAAAGAUUGGUUAUUCGUAUGCACCUCAGGUAAUGACUUAUCCACACUCAUCUCUGGCAGUUCCAGAGAGGCAUGUACCGACACCUGUAUCACACUACACGCCUCAACAGUACGCAAGCCCUUACGUUCAACCAUCUUACACUCAUGCUGAUUAUUCUGGGGUUCAAUAUUCCGCUGUUCAACCAGUGAUGGCAAGAUAUCCUGCGGGCUAUGUACGUCAGCAGUACUACGUACCACGAGGUAAUUCUAUAUAUCAACAGCCACACCAAAAGUACCUUUACAUGUAUCGGUACAUUCCGCCGACUGCAGUAAAACAGCAAAGUUACUACGUGCAACAGCCGCAAUAUCAGCAACCAGAAUCUUAUCAGACUGUAGCUCAAGCACCUCGACAAAAGAUAGUACAAGAAAUAAUCAUACAUGAGAACGCUGCACAAUCUGCCUACGGCGCGCAACAACCUACAGCUAGUGACGAUGACUCACAGGAGAAUUCAGAACACAAUGAACAGCCGCAUUCUCAGAAUACACAACAGUAUGAACAAUCCCCGUCUGAUUCUUCUGAGUAUGAAGACGAGCCCUCUGCUAUGACAGAAUACGGUCAUUCCACUCCAUCUCCCACAUCUGAAUACGGCCCGACUCAAGAAUCGAUUCCACAAUAUCACUCUCAGUCAGUACAGAUUCAAUACGAUCAAAACCCAGUACAGAAAGAAAUAAUCUCCAUAUACCAUAGAAGCCAAGCAGGACAAAACUACAACGUUCCCAAUUAUUUGCAGAGUACACCUGAAUCUUACACUUACCAAAAUCAAAAUGCGGGCAAUGAGCAUUCGUCAGCUGACGAUCUAGUCCUUACUGAAAACUAUCCCAGCAAAGAUCAUACAAUUGCGACAGUUUUCCCCGCAAGUCACAAAUCCCAGACCUCAAGCGAACCCGUUCAGGCUGUCAGUUACGUAACUCCAUCGCCAACAAUGAAAUAUCAUUCCCGAUACAGAGUGAUGGUUCCGCAGACAAUCCUAAAAAACCCGAGUGGCGAAAACGUGGCUUACGUUAAUUCACAUUCGGUAUCUCAAUCGUCAUAUGGGCAGUCGAGUUCUAAAGAUUAUAAUCCUGAGGACGAAUAUACUUCAGGAUCACAUUAUGUCUCCCCUGUUGGCAAACAAAGACAACCAUCAUAUCCAAGAAAUUAUCACGCACAUCCAAAACGAAUGAGCAGAUCAGAAAACAAAUCAGACACUUCAUCGUCAACAUCGAAAAAACAUGAAAAAAAUGCAAAUAAUACAUCAACUUAGGCAUCAACUUAAGAUUUAAAUGUUAAUUCUUGGUAAAUACUCAACUGUAAAUAUAGGUAUAAGCAGUAUUUACUGAUUUACUGUCACUUCAAUAUGGUUUACUUCGUUCACCGUUAAGACAGAUGAAAUGAUCUUUCUUAAUGGAAAAUUUAUUUAAAUUG